AACAGGGAAGUGUUUAGACUGUGAGCUCUCGCUGCACCCUGAACUCAGCCACCUUCAGGGGCACAAAACAACAGUGACCUGACUGAAGGAUCAUAAGUGGGCAGAGGGACAAGAAGAUUCAUCUCAAGAAGAGAAGAUCCUUGGAGAACUGUGUGCAUUCUUACAAGCAGCAGCUGGUCUCUGCAGACCAGGAAGUCUUCCAGAUUUUCGCUGUUUUGAGCAUGUCUCUGCAUCUCAUGGUCAGAUGACUAUUUAACCCUAUAACACUAUAAUAUUUAGCAUUGUGCUUUCACUCGUGGUCAAAAGUUUCCCUUAAACCUGAAUACGACUCAUUGCUUGGACUUCUUGUUUCCAUGACAGACAGCGGUGACUUAUUCCAAGCAGCUGACCAAAGCUCCUCUUGGAAGCCACAAGAUCAUCUUGACAUCUUCUUAGCAAGUAUUACGCUUUUGCAACUAAGACGUAGCUGCGCCAAACUUGGCGCAGGUCUAUCAGAGGUCUUUUUGCCCCCUUAAACCUACCCUUUUUAUUUUUUACAUCUUUAUUUUUAUUUUUUUGCCAGUAGACCAGUAUCUGUUCACUUGAUGGUGCUUCAUGAUAUUAUUUUAAUCAUGUGCCUUGUUGUAGCUUAAGGACACCCCUAGAGUCCGUGGGUAAAAUGGUUGGAGGAGUUCUUAUGAGUAUUGUGCUUGAAAAUGAGAGGAAAUAUGGCUACGCUGCAGGAGAAUCUGUAUCUGGACAGGUGAUUCUGGAGCUUCUGGAAGAUACUCAAGUGUUAGGGCUUCAACUUCAUGCACGUGGGGGAGCAUUCACAUCCUUUACGGUGAAGAGAGAAGGAGAAUGGGUUGAAUGUCUGAAUAAGGAGAUCACCGUACUGUCAUCAUCUGCAGGUGAAACCCACAUGUUUACAGCUGGGAAUCACAAACUUCCCUUUCAUCUCCAGCUUCCUAGUGGACCACUGGUCACCUCUUUUACUGGUAAAUAUGGCAGGGUGCAGUAUCGGCUCACUGCUGUUUUGGAAAGACCCCUAGUGCCUGCUUACAGUGUCCACCGUGAGCUGCGCGUCAACAGCCGCAUUGAUGUCAACUCUCCAUCACUUCUUACACCUGUACAACUAUCUAAAGAGAAAAUGGUUGGCUGCUGGCUGUGCACCUCGGGACCAAUUUCUUUAAAUGCCAAAAUUGGGAGAAAAGGAUAUUGUAAUGGGGAAGCCAUACCCAUCUAUGCAGAAAUUGAAAAUGGAUCAUCACGAUUAGUGGUUCCCAAAGCUGCUAUAUUCCAAGUUCAAAGGUUCUUUGUCCACGGGAAGAUGAAAACAUAUAGACAAAUGUUGGCCAGAGUGCGCGGGAAUCAUAUAGCAUCUGGAAGCACUGAGAUCUGGAAUGGAAAGAUGCUGAAAAUACCCCCAAUAACACCAACAAUUACAGACUGUCCCAUCAUCCGUGUAGAGUAUGUACUAGCGGUCUACAUACACAUUCCUGGUGCAAAAAAGCUGAUGGUGGAACUACCUCUAGUUAUUGGCACAGUCCCAUUUAAUGGAUUCUUGUACAGGAAUUUAAGCAGUGCCAGCCAGUUUACUGUAGACAUGAGCUGGCUCGCCUUAACACUGCCAGAGCAGCCAGAAGCACCACCAAAUUAUGCUGAUAUCGUGUCAGAAGAAGAACUUUCUUGGAGAUCCCCUAUAGGCAUCAACCAAAGCGAUUUAAUUGAAGGAUCUCACGUUCCACCAUUUACCAUGAUCCAGGAGUUCAGGUUCCAACCACCGCCACUGUAUUCAGAGGUAGAUCCCCAUCCUGACGACCGCACCCAAGAACAGAGGACUGCCUCCUUUAUCCUGUAAUAAUGACGGCCACUUUACGUUUAUUAUGAUCUCAAGGACGGGGGGAAUACUGUUUACAUACUGUAGUCUGGCAUAUGUCGUAGAUGUUUCCUAAGAAAUGUAUUGUUCUUUUGUUAACGAGAUCACUUUGAAAAAGUAAAAAUCUGUGAAAGUUGGCUACAAAAGUGCAGCAGAAUGGAGAGCCGCUUCUGAAGUCCGACUCGUGACCAUUUUAUUAUUUUAAGGUUGUAAUAUAAGUGAAAAAGGUUCUGUAUUACAUCGAAGCAGAAGAUCGGGGAAUAUACAGCAUACUCUGACCUGCUGUA